AUGGCGACAGAACAAGAACCUGAAGCUGGAACAGAGACUAUUACUUCCUCUGUUUCAGGAAGAUUUCUAAGGAACAGAGAUUUAUAUCUCUUCUUGCCUUUCCUCUUAGGCUUCUCUGAUCAAGAAUCAUCAGAGGGAGAUGAUAACAAUGAUGUUCCUUCGUUGCGUGAGAGGAUCGUUCUGGUAAACCCUUUUACACAAGGAAUGGUUGUGCUCGAAAGCUCAUCGAGAUUGAAUCCUCUGCUUCGUGACUUACUUGAAUCAAGUGAGGAAGGUCAUCCUCCAGCGUCCAAGGCUUCAAUCCAUGCGAUGCCGAUCGUUGAUAUGGACGGCUGUGAAGGAGAGUGUGUGAUCUGUUUGGAGGAAUGGAAGAUGGAGGAGACAGUGAAGGAGAUGCCUUGUAAGCACAGGUUUCAUGGAACUUGUAUAGAGAAAUGGUUAGGGUUUCAUGGGUCGUGUCCUGUUUGUAGGUACGAGAUGCCUGUUGAUGGAGAUGAGGUUGGGAAGAAAAGAAACGAGGGUAGAGAAACAGAGAUUUGGGUUAGGUUUGGUUUUAACGAUGGUCGGAGGAUUAGAGAUUCUUCUGGUCAGGUAGGUGGAAACAGUGACGGUGAUGGUUUCACUGUUGGAUCUGAUGGCACAAGACCUGUUGCUGAGUCCGAGAACUAG